CAGUAAGACACAAAAUUUACCAUGCUUAAAACUCAAUACCUUCUACAAGACCCAUUUUUCCAGCAUUUGGGAAUAGUCAUCUUCUUACCCACGAUCCCAGUUCAUCUUGUCCGAAGGCAAUAUAACUUAAACGCUACAUUACUCCGCUGACAGACGGGAAAAUUACUUAUUCAUCAUUACAUAAUUUAACUUUAGAAUAAUAAUCAUCAUCGUUUUUUAGCCUUGUUAUUUUAUUGUAUGAAUCGUAAGGAUCGUGUCAAGAUGUUUACAUGUAAAUAUUGUAAACGCUCAACAUGGGUAAUGAUCUUCUUGGUGAUUUUUCUGUCGGUAAUUAUUGUAUCGUCACAAGCCAUGACGAUUUCUCGCGAUGAACUGUCCCAACUCUUCGACGGGUUUCUCGACAAAAUCGAACAACAGAGCGACGAAAACUCCGCCGAAGUCAAAGAAAGCCCUCGUCAGAUCCCGCAGAUCGUCGACGACGCUGAAGAAAACCGCUCCAAACUCUCCCAAAAACUCGCAUCCAUCCUACACGAACUGAAUGAUGAAGAAUCGGAUAGUGAUACGAUGACAAGGCCGUCGAUGUCGGAUCACGAGCAGGACCAAAAUGCCGAUGCCGUCCUGAUGGAACUCCUGAACGAGGGUCGAAACAUGGCUCAUCUCCAAAACGAAACGAUGGAGAACAAUUCUCAUGAUGAUGAUGAUGUAGCUGGAGACACAAAUGAAAAUGAAAAUGCCUCAGGUAUGUACGACUUUGCUACUUGUGAGCUGAGACUCAACGAGAGACUCGAACCCAUGACCUUGGCAAAAUACCAUGGGCUCAGAGGUACAGUCAACUUUCGACAAAACAGAUCCAAUGGGUCACUUGAGGUACUGAUUCGUCUCUUCGGUCUGAUUCCAAGCAACAUGAAUAGCCAAGGUCAUGGCGUUUACAUCCGUGAGUUUGGUGAUCUUCGAGAUGGCUGCCAUCGGCUUGGACCAAUCUUAAAUUUCGAUAUCGAGGAUGACUCGAACAGAUCGUCUGGUAUGUUAGCCGUUAUAUCACCCGAUGGGAGUGGCUAUGCUCAAUAUAGAUCUACAGAGGUUGCACACUUUGACCUGGCAGGAAGUAAUAGUCUGUACGGAAGGUCGAUUGUGAUUGAGGAGAAUCAGAACACAUUCAGUGCUCCGUUGGGCUGUUGCGUCAUCGGAGUAACACGUGAUGUCGGGGAUUGGAUGUGAUUGGACAGGUCGAAAUGGUCAUGUGACCUAUCUCUUUUGAACACAAAUCAAACCCAAGAACUUGUGCAAUUUUGUAAAAUACCCAAUCGGAUACCAUGGAUGAUUGUUGAUUAUUAGACCCAUUAGACCGUGGCAUGUGUUGAUAUUCAUCAUUUCUUUAAAAGAAGAACUUGCGACUUGCGAGUCCGGCAUUCAUGAAACGACUUAUCAAUGGUUUUGUGUUGUUAAUAGCUGAUGUUCUGGCAUCCCAUUGGCUGAAAGUUACAUGUCAGGAGGAAUUAUCGACGACAUAGCUAAUUAAACGUUCCACUCUGUCAAGGAGAGGAGAGAAGUAUUCCAUGGGUAGGGAGUCGACGACCUCUGUGAUUUUUUUUAAGUAAGAAAAAAAAAGGAGGAGAAAAAAAUUGAACUUGCUCUAAUUAAGCUUACCUAAAGCGUCAAUUUGCAAAUAUUCAAAAUGACACUAAUAAUAAUGAUAUUAUUAUGGUCCAUCCAUAUCGCACAGUUACUAUAUAAUUGCAUAUACUCUACAGCGCUUGGUACUUGGUAUCAUAAUUAUUAUCACCCCGGCUGUAUAUAGCUGAGCCGCCAUAAGAGGCGCUAAAGCAUUCAAGGAAUAAAUUCUACCGGGUACCCAUUCACCUCACCUGGGUCGAGUGCAGCACAAUGUGGGUAAAUUUCUUGUUGAAGAAAAACACGCCAUGGCUGGGAUUCGAACCCACGUCCCUCUGAUUGAAAGACGAGAGUCGUAACCAUUCGACCACGACGCGACGCCCCAUAUACAAUGACCGAGCGAUUUGCAGUUUCUUUCAGUAUAUGCCACGAUCACUACAGCAAAGGUGGAGUUAUACAAGUUUAAACCAAAUUGUUUUCAUUUCAAUAAAAAAACAAAAAUGUA